AUGCGGACCUCAGCUCUGCUCACCUUCGUCCUUGCGACAAUUGUCUCCGCCCAUAGUGUAAUCACCUAUCCGGGCUGGCGCGGCAACAACCUCAUCACCAAUGCGACCUUUCCCUACGGCAUGCAAUGGAUAUAUCCAUGCGGUGGUCACAAUGUUACAACAAACCGUACAUACUGGCCCACGACAGGUGGUGCCGUCGCUUUCCAGCCCGGCUGGUUCCGCGGCCACGAGACAGCAUUCGCCUACAUCAACAUGGGCUUCGGCGACGACGGUCCUGACGGUGGUCCUGCGAACAUGACUCUCCCCAUGGUUCCCAUGUUCCAGAUUCUCGGUCCCACCAACAACCCCUUUCCCGGAACCAUCUGCCUCCCUCAGGUGCCUUUGCCAAAGAACACAACAGUAAAGGCCGGAGACAAAGCGACAAUCCAAGUUGUUGAACUCGCCAUACAUGGCGCAUCUCUCUACUCUUGCGUUGAUAUCAUCUUUGCAGACCCAGGUGACAAGAAACUCAAAGAGGUCAACGAGACCAAUUGCUUCAACUCGACCGACAUCGGCUUCGCAGAUAUAUACACUAUCACGACCAAGGCAUCCGGCUCAGACGAAUACGCGAGCGAAUCCGGUGCCACCCCAGCCUUCCGCCAGCUGGGCUGGAUGCCCCUGGUGGCAGCUGGUUUGUGGGCUUUUCUGCUAGCGUGA